CCCUCUGCUGGUCAACACUGUGAGUUGCACCGACUAGUUCCUGGUUGAUGGGAUAACACGCUUUCGGCGACUCUUAGCUCGGCACGGAACAUCAACUUUUGAAAGCAUGGAAUUAGUAGGUUCUUAGUUUGCCAAAGAGACAUUAAGCGAAAGUACCUUUGGAAGUCAGUUGUGUGGGUUGCAGGUUUGGUCUCAGGCAUGACUCUGUAGACUCUCCUGCAGGUUUGCUCACAGUAGCCUUGCCAGCUUGCAACCGCCAGCUAAGCUAGCUAACUUGCUUGCUAGCUACAUUGCAGUCCAAAAUGACUGACUGCUGCGCCGCAGCCAACUGUGAUUACCAGCAGCGGGAAUCCGAAAGCAUCACUCCACUCUUCAACUUUCCUUUGGAUCCGGAGCGCUGCCAACAAUGGUUGAGCAACUGUCAUCGUCAAGAUUUGGCAUCGGAACCUCCUGAGCAGUUGCAUAAGCUGUACAGACUUUGUGCAAAGCACUUUGAGCCCUCAAUGAUCUCCCACCAGAGCGCCUCCGGUUGUGUCUUAAAGGAAGAUGCUGUUCCAACAAUAUUUGACUUGACGCCUGUGAAUAAUCAGUCAAGCUGCAACAGGAAAAGAGCUAGAGACCCAUCAGGAGAAGAAGCUACUGCUGUGAAGAAAACAAAAGAAAAUGCAGCAGCUGAAGUACCAGAGGGGACAAAAGAAGCAUCUGGAGAGAACAGUGCAACGACUGAACAGCAAAAAGACAACCAAACCCAAGAGGAUGUAGCCAGCUCCAAAGCAAAAGAGACUCUAAAAGUCUAUUUUAAGGAAAUUCUGGCACUGACUGGAUUCAGCAUCAAUGGCGCAAACAUCAACACUGAUGAGCCGAUUGGAGGUGCGAGGGGUCAGCAGACUCUCAAUCGUAUCUGUGUGGAGAAAAUUGACAAGAAAGAAAUCCUGCAGUUUAGUGAAGACCUCAUGCGGGAGGAGAUCCAAAACAGCCUCAGGCAAGCACGGUUCUUUUCCAUUUUGCUUCAGGAUGUGACCAGCAUAGAGGGAAAGGAGCAGAUCCCAGUGUUCAUCCGGUCUGUCACAGUAGCUGGGUUUCCACAAAAGCACCUGGUUGGGUUCUUACCGUGCGACAUGGAUGCAGAGAAUCUGUUCUGCAUGCUUUUCUCUGAGCUGCGAAAUAAGUGGGGACUGAGGAUGGAGCAUUGCAGAGGACUCACUUAUCUGGUGAGUGGAAGUAUGUGUCAGAAAAUGCGAGAUGUUACCUGCAGGAUUCUGCAAGAGUUUCCACAAAUCGUUCUGUCGCCAAGUGACCCAUAUGCCUUCAACAUAUGGAUCAUUCGCUGCAUGCCUGUGCCCUCAAUCCAAAAGGUUGCAGACACUGUGGAGGAGGUGGCCUCAUUACUCAGGAGAACCCCAGAGCUGUGCAACCGAUUGGAAGGAAAGAUCCAGAUGACAUAUGGACAUAUAAAAGGGGAAGUGGACAGGAUCAAGGCAGCUAUCAGUGGGAAUUGGGAGUAUGGCACGGACGCCUUUCAGACCAUGUUAGAUAUUUUGGAGCCAUUCCUGAACUGCAUCAAUGAGAUAAUUUCAAAGGUAGAUGAAGAUACUGCUGAACAGAUGGCCAAGCUCAAGCCAAUUUUGAAGAAUUUCAACUUCAUCAUCACGCUCGUUGUUCUGAAGAACACCUUGUGUUGUGUGAGCAUACUAAACUCAAGUCUCAGGGGAAUCAUUAGCAUCAGCAGUACCUUGCAGUACACAAUUUCCAAUGCCUUAAAACUGGUAAGCAAAUACCAACAGGAGCUCGCAAUAUUCCACAGGAAAUGGUUUUCAGAUGCAGUUGGCCGAGCAAAGAAGCUUGGAGUGGAGGUUGCUAAACCGGAAACGGAUCCAGGAAACACAACUGAGACACCACUGGAGGACUUCUACAGAGAAACUCUGAGCCGGCCUAUCUUGCAGUAUCUUGUUGCAGAGGUGAAGAGAGUGUUCAGCACAGAGAUGGUGAGGAUUCUCCGAUGGCUCUCGUUAGUGCCAUCUUACAUGGCUGACCACAAUUUCAGCAUCCGCAGAGAUAAAGUAGCAGAUGCCAACUUGAACAACCUUGCUCGGCCGGACACGUUCUACGAGGAGCUUGGUUGUUGGGAAGUGAAGUGGAGGCAUGCAAGCAAACGCAGAAUCCUACCAACCACAGUGUUUGCAACACUCAAGAUUCCAGAUAUUGGGUUUUACCCAAAUGUGCAGAGCUUGUUGAGGGUGUUAGGAACUGUUCCGUGUGUAAAUGCAGAGGCAGAUGUGUAUGGCCAAUACCACAUGGUACUGGAGCGGUGCCACUCCUACCUGAGAGCCACACCAGAGGACCAAAGACAGUGCAGCAUGGCAUAUGUCUAUGUGAACCAGGAUGUGCACUUCAGUGUUGAACAAAUGGUGGAGUCCUAUGUCCAGAAGCAUCCAGACAUCCUGCAGUUGCUGCAAAUGGAUGAUGACGCCAAGGAAAAGCCCUCACAAGUGGUAGCCCAUGGAAACCAUGCUGAAAAGGACACUGAAGAAGAAUUACAAUUCAUAAACCUAGAGAUGGAUGCUGAGAGGCUUGUAGAGAUGAAGUGUGCAGAGACUGAUAGAGAAGCUCUUAAAUCUGCUUUACAGGCUGCAGUGACAGCUGCAUACAGCAGUCAAAGCAGGCUUCACAGUGAUGCUUGUCCUUCUCAAGAUGGAGAGGUCGAGUAUGUGACCAAGUCUGAAAUGAAAGAAGUUCUCACUGUGUGUGAGAGUGCUGUCAGGGAGGGAAUCCUCACGGAAGUGGGAAGUUCAUUCUUCUCCUUGUUUAUUGACCGUGUUGUGAAACUUGGGGAGAAAGACUAUCUUCCACUCUUCCUUAGAUUUGUGGACAGUUUUGAUGUCAUGCGACUGGAGUUGAUGGGGUUUCUUGAGGCAGAUCUUGAUUGUGAUGUCAUGAUACAAUGUCUCAUGGAAAUAGUAACAGUGGAGUGGCAUCUGGAUUUGAAUAACUGCAGAGGUCAGGCAUACCUAGGCUCUGGUGACGUUUCCUACAAGCUGAAAGCCUUUGCCUGCAAAGUCCAGGAGAAGCAUCCUCUUGCCAUAAGCACACACUGUUCUUCCUACUCUUUUAACACAUGGUGGUCAAAAUCCAUCCCAGUGCCUGCUGUUAAAAGAGCCCUGGAUACAUUUGAGGAGGUGUUGAUGUUUUUUGGCAGCAGUGCUGCUCUUGAAAAACAGCUUGACCAUGUGAUAGACUUUGGUCUGAGAGAAAGCUAUGAAAAGGUCCAAGAGUUGCAAGGAAAGUUCUGUACACUUUGGCAAGAAAAGCAUGAUUCUUAUGAGGUGUUUGUGCAGAUGUUGGAGCCUCUGGUUGAAUGUCUGGAGAAAGUCAAAAACAACCCGCAAAGAUGGAAAGCUGUUGUGUCUGAACAAGCGGGAGCUCUGCUCCGCAAGGUGAUGGAAUUUGAUUUCAUCAUUGCUAUGGUGGUCUUGAAAAAUGCAUCCUCUUUUACCAGAGAGCUGAGUGCUGGUAUUCAGAAGGACCAGUUCAGUGCUGCAUCCCAGCUAUGCCAAAUCAGUGGUAUCGUGGCCACUCUGAACAGAGUGAAAACAAAUAUGAAGGUGUUUCACCAGAACUGGUUUGAUGAGGCCUGUGCGAUGGCUCAGAGUCUACGAGUACAGAUUGAAGUGCCUGAAAACUCUUUGCCAAGGGAUGGCAUGAUAAAACCAGUCGGUUUUUACAAAGAUGGCUUAAGUGUGCCUCUAGUUGACAACCUUAUAAAUGCUGUGAAGGAUCAUUUUUCAGAAGACCACAAAGAAGCUCUGAAUUUCCUCUCUCUGGUCCCAUGCUCAGUCACAGUCAGUUACAUGUUUGAGAGCUUGAAGUCAAAGCCUCCACUCUAUAGCAGUGAUCUCCCUGAUGCUGACAACUUCUUCACAGAGCUGUGCUGUUGGAGAGUAACGUGGAAGACCAAAGUGGCAUCCGUUACAAUCCCAAGUUCAAUAUUUCACACAUUGCGUCUGCCACUCAUGCAGUACUUUGGGAACAUCAAUACACUGCUGAGGAUUAUGUCUGUACUACCCAGCACAGAACUAGAGGACUGUGGUGUUGUAAUGCGCCACAAGAAAUUCCAAGACUACCUGAGAAGCACAAAUCCCAAAGACAGGUCACCGUGCUUAGCUAUGCUGCAGGUGGGCACAGACUUCAGCAGAGACCUGGACCGCAUGGUGUCCCAGUGUUUGAAGGUUACGCCACAAGCUUUGGAGGGCAUCUGUCUGGACAAGGAAUCCAAGAGUUUGAACAAGAACUCAGAAAAUAAUAUGGAAGUUGAUUGUAUUAACGAGGAAGCCAAGGAACCCAAAGUACAUCAGUCUCCUGACAAGAUGGAGGACCAAGAGAUGAAACCUGCCGAUGAGAAUGGGCACUCGGGGGAUAAUCGUCAAAGUCUGGCUACAGUUUUCAGACUGGCUGCAGUACUGGGGAAAAAGAACAGCAGUCUCUGUGACCUCUCAGAUGAAGAGAAAGAGCUUUUUGUUCAGGAGCUCAGGAUGUGCCACUGGUUUGGAAGUGUGAGCAAAAGCGCACCUUCUAUAGGUGAUGAGGAAAUGGUGAACCUCCUCAUAAAUGGAAUCAGAGAUGUGAUCCUGAAAGAAAUACAGGAAUCUCCGUUCUUCUCACUUAUCACAGACAAACCUGUUAAAAUUGCCGACAAGACCCAUAUACCAGUUUUUGUCAGGUAUGUCGGAGAAUCUGCUCCAAAAGUAGAGCUCAUGGGUUUCUUACCAUUUGAUGAAAGUUGUCACGUUGAUAGACAAGCGAACAACCUUGCAAAGAUUCUCACUGAGGACUGGGGCUUACCGAUGUCGCAGUGCCGAGGACAGGCAUUCAUGCACUUGGGCUCGGGUUAUCAAAGUCUGAAGAAAAUGUCUUUGGAUUUCCUUAAGAGUUAUCCACUCUGCAUUGUAACACCCAGUGAGUCUUGCGGCCUUGCCCAUUGGCUAGCAGGAAGUGUGCCUUGCCCUUCAGUAGCGAAAAUGCUGGAUAUUACAGAAGACCUGCUGCUGUUCUUUGAUGAGUCUCCUUGUCUGGAGGGACAGUUGGCACAGGCUGUUGAUGGGCUUUUGAAUAUGCCAAGAGAAGCCCUGGAGGAAAUUCCAGAAACAUGUUGCUCGAGGUGGAAAAAGAGAGAGGACUUCUUUGACAUACUUGCUGACACAUUAGAGGGCAUUCUUAGCUGCCUCGAUGCUGUAAGCUCCAGUGCCACAGGUGCCAAGUCGAUGCAUGCUCAAGUUCUCUCUGCAGCUCUGAGAAAUAUGGAUUUCAUUGUCACCCUUGUGAUUUUGAAGAAUGCUUGUGCUCCUCUUCGUAACUGUAGCACUGUCUUCCGCUGUGGAAACCCUGCUGAUAUUCUCUGUGAAGUGGAAAAAAUCCCCUCGAUCAUAGAGACACUUAACAAAAUGUUAGAAAAUGUGAGCACUGUGCACACCACUUGGUUUGAGCAGGCAUUCCAGCUAGCAACAAAGGUUGCGCCUGAACAAGUAUGCUUCUCAGAGGAAGCCAACAGCUAUGAAUCUCCUGAGAUAUAUUACAGAGAAAAUCUCAGUGUUCCUCUCCUCCAGAGUCUUGUUGAUGAAAUGAAGUACAGCUUCUCAGACAGCCACUUAAAGGCUCUGUCAGUCCUGUCGCUGCUUCCUUCAUGCAAUCCACAACCGAUACUGUCCGAGUCCACAGACAAGCCUUUCAGUCUCUACCUUACGGAUCUUCCUGAGCCUGAGGCAGCCGAGCAGGAAAUCAACACCUGGGCUUCUGUCUGGAGAGAGAAAUACCCGGAUGUCACUCCUCCAACCUCUAUUGCUGAAACACUAGUCCAUCCUGAGUCCAAAAGCCACCCAACUGUUACGCUGCUCCUUAGGCUAGUAGCUGUCCUGCCUAGUGUCAGUAUGGAGUGUGACCUGAUGAAGACCACUCUGAACUCAAUGAGGGAUCUGUUUAAGAACACUGUAUGCAAAGGCAGCCGAAUGGAUCAUGUGAUGCUCCUCUCUCACUGCACAACGCUACAGAGGCUGCCAGAGGCUAUUGAGAAAUGUAUGGAGGUUGAUCCGGAGAGCAGUCCAUGUCUGUCUCAGGUGAUGGGAACUCUGCAAAGACUUAAGUUGGACAGAGCAGGAAUUGAUGUGACAGAGUCACACCUCCCCACUGAUGGAGAGGUGAAAUCAGCAGACACUGAAGUGAUACUGGAGGUCAGUCAAGGACCAAGAACAGCAGUUUCUUUCUAUGAGCCACAACUGCGUGAACAAAUCCUCAAGGAACUCUGGGACUCUCAGUUCUUCACAGUUAUAACUGAGCAAACGGUUGAAAUUGACGAUGUGCUCUAUGUCCCACUGUGCAUCAGGUACUUAAACAAAGAGGACAUCCAGUCUGAGGAAACGCUGGCUUUCAUCCCUUUCAUUGAAAACCCAGCUGUCCUUGCAGAUGCUAUUGAAACUGCCCUGUCUGAGAAGUGGGGCCUCAACAUGGAGUACUGUAGAGGUCAGGCCUUGCUGAGUGUUGGGGAAGUAGGAGCUCAGAUGAGGGCUGUGAGUUUAUCUAUAGCUAACAAAUAUCCACAAGCUGUUAGAACCGUCACCUCUGCUUUGUCUCUUAAUGUUUGGCUGGCUAAGUCUUCUCAUGUUGAAGAAGCAGCUGAUGGAGCAGCCCUCAUAGGCAAACUGUUACAUUGGCUCACAGAGGAUGCAGAACGUCAGAACAAAUUGGAAGACAUGAUUAUUCAUGUGUUCCAGCACGAUGAAGGAAAGGGCAACGAGUUGAGGGACAAACUGAUGAAGAACUGGGAGAAGAGUCAUGACAUGCACGAGGUGAUGGUAGAGAUUUUAGAAGCAGUUAUGCUCUGCUUGAAUGAGCUGAAAGGGGAGGGAAGUACUUCACACCAGCAGCAAGCAUCACACUUCUUUGAUGCCAUCAGAAACUUUGAGUUCAUCCUAUCAACAGUGGUGCAGAAGAACGUUUUGAGGGUAACUAAAAAGCUAAGUCAGUCUCUCCAGGGCAAACCCUUAGAUAUGUUGCUUGCUGUGAAUAAGUUGUCUGAUCUGAAAGCAUCCCUCAGUACACUGAAGAGCGACAUUGACACCCAUCACAAGGAAUGGUUUGAGGAAGCCGUCUCCCUGGCUUCUAAACUCCAUGUCACAAUGUUGCAUUCAGUGCUCUUAGAGCCGUUGAGUGUGUUUUACAAAGAAUCAGUGAGCAUGAAGGUAGUAGAGCACUCAAUAGCAGAAAUUGACGAUCUCUUCACAGAGAAGGUGUUGGAUACCUUGAGGUGCCUGGAGAUUGUGCCUUACGCAAUGUCCAAAGUAGAAACCAGCAUUCUUAGUGGUCUUGUGUACCGCCUGUACAAGGAGGACUUGCCAGAUCAGGGCUCCCUUCACUCUGAGAUGAAGUCAUGGAAGGAGAAAUGGUUGGAUCCUCUGGCGGGAUAUCUCCCAACUACUGUGCUCGAUACGCUCAAGACAUCACAGAUAAGAAGUUUUAGUAACAUUGAGACUCUUCUCAGACUUCAGGUCAUCUUGCCGUUUUCAAGAAGGGAGAGCAACUUCAGGCAGGGAAAAAGAAGCUUACAGGAGUUUGUUCAGCAGGAGAAGAGAUCCCUCACUGAACUCCAUCCUCUGUGAGAGUUGCAGGUCUUCCGUCACUACUAGCAGAUCUGAGCAAUGCGUUUGCGAGUCAGUGUGAUGUCACCACCACUAUACUGAGCAACUAAUGUGUUCAAACCUUACUGAGGUCCCCAGUUAUGAACUUAAGAUUUCUCUGUACAUUAUUGAUCUAAAUACUUUGAGAUUUCCUUUGGUUGUUAUUCUGCAAAGCCCUAUCUUAUGCUUUGUUUUGUUUUUUUAUUCUGUAGUUUGUACAGUUGUACUGCCCAAUGGGACCAAUAUUUUGGCAAAAACAAUGGCAAUGCUCCACUGACGGUUAUCAAUGCUUGUGUGCCUUGAUGCAAAACUAAUAAUUCACCCCAUGUAUCAUGAAAUUACAGAUGUUUGAAAAUGUCCCAUUGGCGUUUGAAACAACUCUAUUUUUGUCAUUACCAGAAAUGACUAGACUGACUUCUGUAUCACUGUCAUCAGUUGUUUCUAAUUAUUAAACUGCACCCUUACCUUUCCUGGGCACAAAUAGAAACGGUUAGUUCCAUCAUGUCUCCUGAUGAUUUCCCAUGUUUCCUGUCUCUUUGCAGGAAUGAAUUUGCUGUAAACGUAUCUUUGAAAGAAUGUUUCCUUAAUAGGAAAACCUUCAUAUAUAUUUGUCAAAAAAGUAAUAAAAUGCUCCAAAAAGA